AUGCAGUCAGGCUUCGGUCCUGAUGGGACAGAUAGAUUUCCCCAGGAGCACCAGGCAAAACCAUCAACCGACGAGUCUGUUAUUGGCAAACAUUUCGUCAUAGGUGCAGAGAGCGCGCUCGAGGGUAUUCAGGGGAAAGAGACGGUCAUCGAGACAGCCUUUGCAGAUUUCCAAAUUGCUAGGUUGGAGUAUGCUGUCUUAGCUGGUUACAAUGAGGCCCUCAUGCAAUCAGGAACGGGAUACCUACCAGAGAUUCACGUAUUUUGUUCCGUCGAUAUCGCUCAGAGAACGGAGUCACUUGUCACCAGACUCGGAAAGAUACUCUCUCCGCUCCCCGGGGUACUUUUCACGCCCACCUCUACGUACCGGAUACCAGUCUUUCAAAACGACGAAACCCUUUUAAGCUGGGACGAGCUCGUCUUCUCUCGCACAGAGAGAUAUGCUGAUAUCCGUUCUUCUGUUGCACCAACUUCGAUUCAGGUCGUGUCUUGUCCGCAAGGUUCUUGGAGUGACGGUGGAACGUCUGCUCCUUCUGGCUUCGGUGGGAACGAGUUGAGAGUAGGCGAUUCUGAGAUGAAAGAUACGGAUGAUGCAGGGAAUGAUCAAGGCGAGGACGAGAAAUCCGGGGACCGUGAGGGCGACGAUGGCAAUCCAGAUCAUGAGGAUCCUGAUGAUCCGACAGACGGUAGCUUGACGUCGUCAUUGCCAGCAAUUUCCUUUGACACUCAGGCAAAGGUCUGCGCUACUACUGCGAACACUGCAUCACCAAAAGUCUUCCAGGAGCUGCAAGUCAACGGAAGGCUUAUAAUACAGUCUUAUCCUCCUCGCUCAAAACCGAAACGACUCCCAAAGUCAUGCGUAGAGUUCAAAAGGCUGAAAUUUCAAGGCCGCCGAGCGAUACCGACCAGGGGUUACGAGCAGGUCCACGCCAGAGUAGUGAUCGACGCCAAGGAGGAGCUAACAAGAGUGGAUGCCAUCAAACCUUCUCGAACCCCUGCAAUAGGACUCGAAAGCACGGAAGUCACAACACGACAGAGCAGCUCCGCACUGGGCUUUUCGGGCUCUGCGGGGUUGGGUACACCAUCCAUCAAGGGGAUGUUUUCAGGACAUCUGGGAGCAGAGUCUUCGUCGUAUCUGGAGACGAGAAACUAUGGAUCACGGAUUACCCAGGGCGACAGUUACGGUGUCGUUUGGUGGGGGUUCAACGUAGACGACCCUCAUGCACAAGAGGCUGGUAUAGAGCUGCUUGAUACCCUUCCAAGCGCGGAGUUCCACUUUCUCGGAAAGAAUGCAUCUCUCCCUGCUCGGUUACACGUCGAGGUCGUUUCGUGCUGGUCAUUGAUUUCAAGCUGCGAAAACAGGCAGUCCUGGAUACAGGCAUUGAUUGGGCUGGCAAAGCCAAAAGGUCUCUCGUACUCCAAUCUAUGCCAGAUCGUCCAGUUGGAAAUACCCAGUACGCUGCUGGAGGAUUAUGAAUUCAUGUCCCUUACACAUGUGAAGCAGUCUGGCUGCCACACGCAGGUUAAACUCGAAGGCUCUCAUCCGGUACACGUUACCCCCUCCGUCGUGUUUUUAGAUGGACCUGUUACACCAGAUUCUGGUAGGUAA